UGUCUUAUAUAUUAUUAUUACUAUUAUUAUUAUCAACAGGCGACGUGCUGAUAAGAGUCGAACGGUCGUUCGGUCGCGUCGUGUGCACACGGAUGGCAUUAUAUUAACAAAUUAUUCCCAUCGACGGGCGGAACAGAUUUAAUAAAUCUAACUCUUCCCCGUCCUUGCCGCGGUGGUGGUGGUGGUCACCGGUCUCCGUCGUCGUUUAGUAACUGUUGUACGUUGUUCGUCGGCGAACUGUCGCCGGUCGCGUUACGUUGCGGUUCCACGGUUGCUGGCGUUCUCAGACGAGCCACCGGUGCCAUGAAGAAAAUCGCGAUAUUCGGAGCCACCGGCAUGACGGGCGUGUGCGCCGUCGAAGCCGCCUUGAAACAAGGUCUAGAAGUAUCGGCUUUGGUCAGGGAUCCCAGCCGUAUGCCCGAGGAACUCCUCAAACAAGUGGAAGUGAUCACGGGUGACGUGUUGGUCGAGGAGCAUGUGGACAAGGCCGUCGCUGGUAGAGACGCCAUUGUUGUAACUUUGGGAACAAGAAACGACCUCGCGCCUACUACCAUAAUGUCUGAUGGAUUAAGAAAUAUUUUGUCAGCAAUGAAAAAGAACAAUGUGAAAUGUAUUUCUGUAUGCUUAUCUGCAUUUUUGUUCUACGAGCCAUCUAAAGUGCCACCAAUGUUUCAUGGCAUUAACGAUGAUCAUAUGCGUAUGUUACAACUAUUAAAAGUAUCUGAAGGCCUGGAUUGGAUUGCUGUUAUGCCACCGCACAUUGCAAGUACUCCGCUGGGCGAAUAUACCGUGAAAAUUGGUUCAUCAGCAGGACGUGCUAUAUCAAAACAUGAAUUGGGGAAAUUUAUGAUUGAUUGUUUGUCAAACCCUGAGUACUAUAAACAAAGCUGUGGUUUAGCAACCGUUGUGCCUUCUCCAUGAAGUAUAAAUUACAAAAAGAACAAUGGUUGGAAAACACUAAAUUUGGAAUGGAAUCUAAAUCUUGACAAUUUUUAAUUUUACAAAAUUUUGUAUAAACUUGAUAGGAAAAUUUAAUAAUAAAUGAAU